AUGGCCUCUGAAAUUUCAAAAGAUGGCAGUGUCGCAACCCAUGUGAAAGAACCUAGUCAGAUCGACAAUCCACUCAAGGUGCUUGACCAGUUUGCAGACGAAAGUUUCAAGCUAUUGUCAAAGAUACAAGUAUCAGAUCCAACGCCGGAAGAAGCAAGAGCGAUACGGAAUAAAUGCUUAUGGCGAAUCCUACCGUUUCUGUGUAUAGGUUAUCAUUUGAUGUACAUUGACAAGCAAACGCUGGGAAGUUCUGCGAUUUUAGGGAUUAUGGAUGAUGCCCAUUUGAAUUCCAACCAAUACAACUGGCUGUCUUCAAUUUUCUACUUCGGCUAUCUUCUUGCGGAAUGGCCCCAGAACUGGGCCUUACAAAGGUUUCCUGUUGCAAAAUGGCUAUCCGGUAAUCUGAUAAUAUGGGGCUGUAUCACUCUCUUGCAUGCACCAUGCCAUAAUUUUGCCUCCUUGUUUGUGGUUCGGUUUUUUCUCGGUCUGGCAGAAGCUUCGAUUAUUCCGGCAUUUUUGCUCUCUAUGUCUAUGUUCUUCACGUAUGACGAGCAGGCAGUUAUGAUGCCGAUUAUGUGGUCAAUCGGCAACGCAAGCCCUAUCACCUCUGGUCUCCUUUCAUACGGUGUCUUGUGGAUUAAGACGGGAGAUUUCUCGCCCUGGAAAUGGCUUAUGAUCAUCACUGGUAUUCUAACACUCAUCUUCGGUGUGUUGGUUUGGCUUCUCUUUCCUGAUAGCCCAAUCCAUGCCAAAUUUUUGACCCACGAAGAGCGUGCAAAAGCAAUAUUGAGAAUCAAGGGAAACCAUGCCGGAAUUGAACAGAAGAUGUUCAAAAAAUACCAAUUCAUCGAGGCUAUUCAAGAUCCAAAGACUUGGUUAUUCUUCUUACACGCAUUUUCCCAAGAAAUGGCAAAUGGAAUGACAAACCAAUACUCAUUGAUUAUAAAAUCAUUUGGGUUUACAGUUCUCCAAACGACUUUGCUUGGUUGUGUCAGUGGGUUAAUUUCGUUCUUUUCUCUCGGAAGUGCUGCAGUCAUUCUGUACAAUACUAAGAAUUGCCGAGCUUGGAUAUCCCUCAUUGCAUACAUUCCCGGUGCAUUAUCCAGUAUAUUACUUUUAGCUUUGCCUUGGUCAAAUCGUUGGGGUCUGAUAUCAGGUAUUUGGGUAAGAUCCACAACCGGAAUCCCAUAUGCUGUGGUAAUGAUCUGGGCGGCCAAUGCAUCUGCGGGUCACACAAAAAAGACCACUGUAAUUGCAUUAUAUCAUAUUGGCUACGGACUGGGCAAUAUCAUCUCCCCACAGCUUUUCAGACCCCAGUGGAAGCCUCGCUACAAGCCAACUUGGAUCAUUCUUCUUGUGGUCGCUGUGAUUCUACCAUCAAUAACUAUCAUCAUUCUGAGGAUCUAUCUGAGCUCAGAGAACAAGCGUCGGGAUAAGCUUGAAGCCACCAACCAAAUCACUACCGAUGGGGUUGUGGAAACUACCGACUCUGACGGAGGUAAGGUGGCCCGUAUUGUGGAUUCCACUCAGAUGGACUUGACAGAUAGGGAGAAUUUGACAUUGUAA